AUUAGUAGACUUAGUUUCAUAUAUUUUACAGCUAAAUUUUUUCCACUCUUUCGAGUUAGGAAACAAAAAAAAAAUUUUACAUAUAGAAGCGAGAAUAAACGGUGGAUUGGAUUAAUUGACCUCUCCAUCAUUUAGUCGUUCAUCAACUCAGUCACUAAUUAUUUGAACCAAAUCUUUACCAUAAUAAGCAAUGGCGGAGAAUAAAGGCAAUAACGAGACCAAAACUGUCAGUAAUACUCCAUCCAAAGCCAAGGUAACGUUUAUCAAAAAACCAGCCCCAAUAAAGCAUGUUGACCGGCCUACUGUAGCAGACAAAGCAACCAAUGUUACGUUGUCAAAGUCAGAAGAAAUGCCUUCUACUUCCCGUGCUGCAGAACAAAGAUUGCAAAAAAAAGAUGUUAACAUAGACAGUAAGCUAAAUUCUAUAUUGGACAUAUUGAAUGAAGACAUUGAAAAAAGAGAGAAAAAGGAGUCUAAAGAAACGGCACUGAAGAAAAAACAACCAAUAAAGAAACCGCUAAAGCCUAAACUUCCUAGACCGAAACCAAAAACCGCAAGACCUGUUAAGAUGAAGAAACCAAAGGUGCAACAUCGAUAUCCGAAGCCAACAUCCGUUGGUAGUCCUAGAAGAAAACUGCUUCCAAACGGUCUUUCGGCAAAAAAAACAACCUUACAACAUCGCAUGGCCUUUUUAUCUACUGUGAACAACUACAUUUUUGGACGGCAAUACAAUGUCAAUAGAUACAAACCAAAUGUAACUACACCGCCCUUAAAGAAAAGCCCAAAGGCUUCACCACGUAGUGCACGUAGUCAACGUAGUCCAGUAAAGAAAGGGCUGAUUAAAAAUGUUACAAAGGCUAAGAAAGGUAUCACUGGUCCGGUUAAAAAGAAGGUGAUUCAAAAAGUGGUUGCUAAGAAGCAAAAUGUAGCGAAGAAAGUGUUGCCGAAAAAAACAGGUGGAAAGAAACCCGUUUCGAAACCAGUUGUGAAAAAGAAUGCAGCUAAAACAAAACCAACUGCAAAGGUGAUCAAAAAGCCAAUUGUAUCAAAGGUACCUGCUAAAAAGACAGGCGUUAUGAAAAAAAUUCUUCCCAAGAACCAAGGUAAGAUAAAGGGUAUUAUUGCAAAAACUUUCGAUCCUCUGGCAAAAGAUCCUGGAGCCGAAAAGCGCAGUACUAUUCGUAGCAGUGUUGAUCUUGAGAGAGCUGAAGCUGAGUUGAAAGUUUAUCAACAGAGAAUUGAUGAAAGAAAAGCCCUUGCAAUGAAGCUCGAAGCGGAACGCAGCAAAAGACGUGAACGAGACUUUCCUUUGAUCGACCCGGAGACAAAAAGUGUUAUGAAUGAAAUGAGUGAGUAUCCACCGAUUUAUAAUAAACGCAAAGACCCAAAUUCGGAACGAAAAUAUAUAUUGCUUUAAGAGGCUCUAAUUAUAAUUCCGAAUUAUAAAAAAUGCAAAGACCCAAAUUCGGACCGAAAAUAUAUAUUGCUUUGAGAAGUUCUAAUUGGGUAAAUUAUUCUUGUUUAAAAAAAUUCUAUUGUUCUCAUAUAUUUGGUAAAAAGAUUCAGAAAAAUU